AUGGCUAUCUUCUCCACAAUUCUGCUGCUGGCAGCUUGCUCUACAUCCAUAACCGCUGGUCCAGUUCCAAAGAACCACCGAAGACAACUUAUUCCUAGUUACGCCAACACUACUUCGACAAUCGCAUCAACAUCAAGACAGCAACUUGCAGAGGCAGAGACCGCUAUCAUAGUGGAGCCCAUCCAGCAAACCAUCUUCUCUUCAAUAGCACCAGCUAUCACGUUCGUUCUUCCUGACGGGAAACCACUCGUGACACAAGAUCCGCAGACUGUGUUUUCUACUUCCUACAUCACACCAUCACCUCUGCCAACCCCGGAGGAGACUUCAAGCGCAGCGGCUACAUCCUCAGUCACACCAAGUCCGAAACCAACGCCCACAGAGAGCAGCGAUGUGCCAGUAUCGUCGGCAUUAUCAAGUUCGGUUGCCGCCGUGGAAAACAAGACAGCAAGCGAGACAAGUCGAAAGGCUCCUAUGUUCACCUACUCGCCCAUAGAAGAGACGUCCACCUCGCUUGCCACUCCAACCGUACCGGCGUCAAGUGCUGUCCUAGCAUCUACCACAACUGCACCGGUGACGAGUGCGGUCCAGGCACCUACCACUGGCGGCUUGCCUGGCUUCACUCAUCCCGGUGCGGCACCCUCAGGCUCGCCCUCUGUCAAUACCACCACCAGUGCGAUUAUUACCAGCCUAUCUUCUGUGAUCGAGUCGGUCGUACAAGCGCCAUCUUCCACCCCUCUGGCCAACUCAACUUCCCUGGCAAUCCCAACCCCUGUAUCGAGCGGAUCGUCUACAACUAUCCUCCCCUCAGAGACUGCUUCAGACACCAUCGAUGUAACAUCGCGCAUCAUCGUCACGCAAUACACCACUAUCUACGCGACAUCCCAGCCGCCUCAAACAUCUACUCAAGAGUCAGCUAUACCAACUGAGGCUCAAGAGUCUGCCCCACUAGCCUCUUCAACAUCAGAAGUGGCUGGCACUCCCAUGCCCGCUCCAUCAAACGCCCCGGCUGAAGUAUCCCCAUCAGCAUCCCUCCAGGUCCCGCCUGUAGUGAUCGUAACAUCGUACACUACAGUCAUGCCGACAGCCACACCACAGCCAAGUGGAGCACCCGAGAUACCCGUUUCUUCCGCUGUACCAGAGCCAGUCAUAUCAAGCUCAGUGGCCUUGUCUUCCACGCUCGCAGCUUCGUCUUCUGAAGUAGCAAUGCCGACACCCACUAAACCCGCACCAUCAUCUUUGACAUCGGAGAUUCCUGCGCCUACUCCCACGCUAUCGUCCUCCUCUGCACCAAGCAUGCCACCUGCCCCCUCAAGUUCGGCACAACCCACAUCAGCUCCCUCGUCUAUGGCACCGCCUCCAGAGUCUUCAGCACAACCAUCUCCAUCCUCCAUCGCGCCACCUCCAGCAGUCUCCGCAUCCGCAACGGCAUCUACAUCCGACGCCGUGCCAACACCACCAGCACCAGCACCCACAGAUAUGCCAUCAUCGGGACCACCACAACCAGAACCAGUACCUUCAUCAACGACAUCAGAAGGCCCGCUGAUCAUCACGCCGAUACCACCGAGUCAGAUAUUCACCGUGACGGUUACUGCGUCGCCGACUGGGAAGGAGACGGUUACGGAGACAGCUACUGUUACUGUGACGGCUUGA